GGAUGGAUGUGCGCCAGUGCGAGUGCGAGUGUGCGAGUCGGGGUGUGCGAGUGGGAGUGCAAGCCCGUACUUGAUGUAUUCGGGGGGUGAGAGCAAUGAGCGAAAAGAAAGGAAAAGAGGCACGAAGUACGUGGAUGGAGCGGCGGUUCAUCAGGUAGCAUGCAAGAGACCUCUGCUGUACUCCAAAUUUUCACUCUGGAAGCAACUCCAUUGCUCUGGUUGGCAGAAGAAAUUCAAUUCCAGCAGAGGCUCUGCUCGAAUUUACCUGGCAGGCAACGUAUCCUUCCCGGAACUACAUUCACUCUCCCUCUCCACUGGGAGGAGGUGAUGGUCACCACCAAUCUUGCACGUUCAACGGGAAGGAAUGGGCCCGGUUAAUAAGGAGGCGUUGAGGUGCUCAGCUCUGUGUUGAUGGUCAAGGCCCACCAAUCUAUCUUGCAGACGUGUAUCGAUAGGAUUGUGCCCUGAAGUUAGUUUCAAGUGUCUGCGAAGCGUUUUGCAAGUUGCGUCUAGGAUCCAUGGAUGACGAAGUGACAUACAGGUGAGAACUGGGCAGUGCGGGCCAGAACUCUUGCACACAUAAACACUGUCCUCCCCCGACAACACCCACUCUUGCCUCACAGGGACACAUGCACUGGCACACACAGACACAAACCCUCACACAGAUGCUCAUUCUUGCGCACAGAUACUUGUGCCUUCAAAGAGGCAAAUGUGCCUAUCUAGCGCACACACAUAUACACACACAUACACACACUGACACACAGAGGGACAGUAAAUGGGGAGCUGCAAUAACAAAUAAAAGGGUUACCCCGAA